AAUUAGUCGUAAAAAUGCAUAAAACAUGGAACAAACCAUUACAUAAACGCAAAAUUUGGCAAACUAUUACUUGGUCGGGCCGCCUGAUUUACUACAUGGAACCAUUAAUGGAACAUCUUUUCGACAUCUGGAUGCAACCUCUGCCGUUCCCAACGCUACUUAAAGUCAUAUACACCUGUGGCUUGCUUUUUUUCAUUUUGCUGCCCGUGCUCUAUCCGUUCAUGGUUGUUAUCUUCUAUUACGGGAUAUUCCAAUACGUGAGCGAAAACCAGUUUUUGGUGGAAUUCUCACAGAAUUGGGAUCUGCUAGGCGCUGUUGCAAAUUUAUGGAGCUUUCAAGUUACAAAUAGAAAGUAUUUGUUGUUUGUCACCAUGUAUAUUGAUCGGUAUAGAGUAAUUAUAACUGCUAUCUCAUCAACAAUUGAUUAUAUGCGCAUGGCGCUAUGCUUCGUAUUUAGUUAAAAAGUCUUGAAAAACUUA